CUCUGAAUUAGAGGCGAUGUUUUUUUUUUAAAACACGUUUCUGGCACUGCACGGGUUUAAUAUUUAAAUACCGUUGCAGUGGCUUUGCUGUCGUCGUCUGCUGCGAGCAUAUUACUAAUCGCUAAGCGGAGGAAUACGAGUUCGAGGGAGCUUCUCAGUUUUGACAGGAAAGAGUGGACCCUAAGUGAACAUGUCGUCUCAGAGGGAGGGAGUGUGGACUACAACUGAAGCAAAUGAUAUUUUUAAUUCAGUUUUAUGACCCGUGGUAUUUUUGCGUGAAUUAUUUUGCUUCUGUGAAGUUACAACUGAUACAGUUUUUUUUUUUUCUUUGUGUCGACGGAAAAAUGGAUGUUUUUUACUCUCUUGCUUUAGCGCCUGAGCUGACAGUAGAAUAGCGUUAUGCGGGUUCACUGAAAGAAGCGUGAAGCAGCUGUCAAGAUGCCUGUGCAGGCGGCACAAUGGACAGAGUUUUUAUCUUGUCCAAUCUGCUACAGUGAGUUUGACGAGAGCAAGCACAAGCCGAUCAGUCUGGGGUGUUCACACACAGUCUGCAAGACCUGCCUCAACAAACUGCAACGCAAGGCAUGUCCCUUUGACCAGACUGUCCUCAACACAGACAUCGACGCCCUUCCUGUCAACUUUGCACUGCUCCAGCUAGUGGGUGCCCAGGUACCAGAUCAGCAGACGGUACAUUUAAGUAAUGUGGCAGAAAGUAAACAUUAUGAGGCUGCAAAGAAGUGUGUUGAGGAACUGGCGCUCUUCUUGAAGCCUCUAAGUGGAGGAAAGGGAGUUGCGAGCCUGAGUCAGAGCGCGCUGAGUCGGCCGAUGCAGAGGAAGCUGGUGACGCUGGUGACCUGUCAGCUGGUGGAGGAGGAGGGCCGAUUGCGAGCGCUGAGAGCCGCAAGGUCGCUGGGGGAGAGGACUGUCACCGAGCUCAUCCUGCAGCACCAGAGCCCUCAGCAGCUCUCUGCAAACCUGUGGGCCGCUGUCAGGGCUCGGGGCUGCCAGUUCCUGGGGCCAGCUAUGCAGGAAGAUGCUCUGAAGCUGGUUCUCCUUGCAUUGGAAGAUGGCUCGGCCCUUUCCAGGAAAGUGUUGGUCCUCUUUGUUGUUCAGAAGCUGGAGGCUCGAUUCCCUCAGGCAUCCAAAACCAGCAUCGGCCACGUCGUGCAGCUUCUCUACCGUGCUUCCUGCUUUAAGGUCACCAAAAGGGAUGAAGACUCUUCUUUGAUGCAGCUAAAAGAGGAGUUUCGGACUUAUGAGGCUUUGCGCAGGGAGCACGAUGCACAGAUAGUUCACAUUGCCAUGGAAGCUGGGCUUCGCAUCUCUCCUGAACAGUGGUCUUCCCUUCUGUAUGGUGAUCUGGCACACAAGUCACAUAUGCAGUCUAUUAUUGAUAAACUCCAGUCACCAGAAUCUUUUGCAAAGAGUGUUCAGGAACUGACAAUAGUCCUGCAGCGGACAGGAGAUCCAGCUAACUUAAACCGACUAAGCCCUCACCUGGAACUUUUAGCUAACAUUGACCAUAACCCAGAUGCUGCACCCUCAACUUGGGAACAGCUGGAAGAUGUCAUGGUGGCUGUGAAGACAGUCGUUCAUGGACUUGUGGAUUUCAUCCAGAACUUCAGCAAAAAAGGUCAUGAAACACCCCAGCCACAACCAAACAGCAAAUACAAAACCAGUAUGUGUCGAGACCUGAGGCAGCAAGGAGGCUGUCCACGUGGAGCCAACUGUACGUUUGCCCACGCCCAGGAGGAGCUGGAGAAAUACCGAAUGAGGAAUAAAAAGAUCAGUGCGUCUGUCAGGCGCUUUCCUGUGUCUCAGGUUCUCCUUGGUAAUGUUGGAGUGAACAGCACCACAGCAACUACUGUGUCUGGAAGUACAGAAAGCAUGGGGGAAAUGAUCCACAGUACCAAUGGGGUUCACAGAGAAAGCAGCGAGCCUCAGCUUAUUCCACGAGGGGCUGACUCUCCACUCGACGAGCUGAAGAAACUUGCCAGGGGUGGCUCCAGCGGCCUGACUGCUCCCUGCUGUCUUGCAGAAUCCCCUCCUGAAAGUAAGAUGCUCUCACCUUGUAAGACUCCUGUAAACCCUGGCACAGCUACCUCAACUGUUCCUCCCUCUCGUGAAGCCAGUAUGAAUUCAGUACAUUCUAACCCUGGCCAGUUUGUGUCCCGGGUAUCUUUGUGCCCCCGUCAGCAAUCUGAUGUGUAUUACCUCAACCCGCAGACAGCGGUGUCCUACGAUGCACCACCAUCCCAAACAAAGAACUACUAUGCUCCUCCACCUCCUCCCCCUAGUGUUUCAGUUUCUACGCGUUUUGUCCGUUCCAGCAAUGUUCCUGAAUCAUCUCUCUCUCCCCCAUCAGUGCCCUACACAGACCAGUACCCAUCGUUUCCACCGCAGGGGAGAAUGACGUCUUCUCCCUGCCCCCCGCCUCCCCCUCAGCAGUACAGCUACCCUGCAGUGCACUCUGGGAUGUACGCUCCCGUGUACGACAGCCGGCGCAUGUGGAGGCCUCAGAUGUACCACCGCGACGACGUUCGAAGCAGUUCUUUACCCCCCAUGGAUGUGGUGCACUCGUCAAUCUACCAGCCUCCUCUCAGAGAGAGAUACAGCUCUCUCGAUGGAUACUACUCUGUGGCUGGCCAGGCAGCAAGUGAGCAGAGAGCCGUGCCUUUGCAAAGGGACUCAUGCAACCGAAUGGCUGUUGGUUACGAUGAGCUGUUCAGGAGGAAACCAGACCAGUGGACCCAGUGCCACAGUCAGAAGCCUCCACUUGUCUCUCCAGCCCUCCCUCUCACCGCACAGUCCCCCUCACCUUCCUCCCCGCACUUCAAUGUGGACUUCAGCACUGAGUUUUCUAGUGACUUUGUGGGCUCUAAAUAUAAGGAGGAUGACCGUCUGUCCCACUAUUCUCCCUGGUCCUGUGGCACUAUCGGCACAUGCAUUCAUGCUGUCGAUUCCGAACCAAAAGAUGUUGUGGCCAAUUCCAGUAUGGAAUUAACAGAUCACAACAGCAGCGACAUCAAAAGACGAACGCACCUGUUUGAACCUCAGAGAAGGCUGAGAGAUGAGGAUCCUAUAAUUCCUUUUGGUGAAGGCCCUAUCAUCUCCAAGUGGGGUGCAAUUUCCAGGUCUUCCCGUACAGGCUAUCACACCACUGACCCGAUCCAAGCUACUGCUUCCCAAGGAAGUACCACAAAGCCAAUCAAUUUCAGAGACUACGGUCCCUAUAUUAAUCACAGUGAUUCCAGGUGGAGCGCGUAUGAAUCGGAUUCAUCAGCUCCUUCUAAUUAUAUGAAAAGGGAUCAGCUACGAGUCUCGGGUCUUACUGCUAAGGAUUCUUGUAACAGAGACCACUUAAGCACAGAGCUACAGCAGGCCGCCAGCAAUUCUCUGUUACUUCAGAAAGAAGCCAAUGCUUUAGCCACGCAGCAGAAGUGGGCAUCACUGGAAGAUGAGCUUUCCUUCAGCCUCAUAGGCAGUAAAAUAGCUCUCAGAAACACAGAGACUGGCUUUACAGAAGAUUCAGUGGACUCCAAGCCAGAUAGAGACAUUGAACUGGAGCUUUCAGCUCUUGAUGCUGAUGAACCCGAUGCUCAAGAUGAGGAAAUAGAGGAGGCUCUUUCACACCAGCUGUGUAUCAAUUCUCACAAUGAUAAACGUUCCAAUGGAACUGUUGCUGGUAAUGGACACCAGCCGAUUCAACAAGACAGCAUUACAUCAGAUAAAGUGGGGAAUCAUAUACUGAAACAAACUGCAAUCAAUAAAAAACAAAGAGUUAUCCAACCCAUGACCUGGUGUUUCAGCAAGGCGAUGACCCCUGCAGGUGGAGUCAGCUCCUCGGCUUCAGUCACGUCUGCGCUCAGCAUCAGCAAACUGGUCCUGAAAACAGCAACACAGGGAGAUCUGACUAAACCCGCCACCAAUGGAGAGAUGCUCCUUAAUGGAAGCUGAAGGGAAAUGAUUGUGACAUCUACAAAAACAAAGCAUUUACAAUAUUGGUUUUUAUAUUGUAUUUUUUUUUUUUUUUUUUUUUUUUUAACAAGGGGGCAUCAGAUUCCUGUGGACUUUGAUACUUUAGGAAAAAGCGCUCUUUUAAAUUAUCAUUCUGACAUGUUUUUUUUUAUUUUGAUUAUUGAAAUAAUGCGUUCAUUUUUCAAUGUCUUGGGAAUUUGGAUUUAAUGCUUAAAAGAAGCAAUUUUUUUAUACAGAAUGGCUAUUUUAUCAAUUGAAACAACUCGUUAGGAACUAGCAGGACCCUGCAUUUAUGCACCUAGUGAAAGAAAAAAAAAACUUUACCUCUGUUAUUAUUUUAUGUUAAUGUGCUACGACAAUAUUGAACACUGUUGGUAUUGGUCUAAUGCAUAUUUGCACAUUUUGCUGAUAUUUUGAAUGUGUUAGUAGUGAAAGAUAGAAGCUUUACCUGUGAUGGUGUUCUAACUCAGGAGUGUCACACUACAGCAGUUUUUAAGGUGAAAAGUACACUUUACACUGUACAUUCCUGCAUGUGCGUUAGAGAUCAUGAAGGUAGCCAGUGCAGUGAAAUCCACUUCCAGUGCCCAGCUGCCAGGUGCAAUUUAACAACGUGUAAGAAAGUAAAAAUAGUCAGAUCAGCAUCUGUUAAAUUAUUAAGAGAUAAUCUUGUUUUAAUGCUUCUUAUAACCCCACAGUGAAAGCUGUCUUUUAGAACUGUUUGCACUGACAAAAACAAGCUCCUGUUGCUGAUAUUUUUAAUGCCCUCAAAAAAAAAAAAAGAUUAUACUUGUAUUUGAAUGUCUUCAUUUGUACUGUCUUGGCUUAAUAUCAAUUCCACAGCAAUUACUGUCACUGUUAUCAACAGGGUGUUUACUGUCCAUGUAUAAUAGCGAUAGUGAAUUGUGCAGAAAAAAGCCUAAAAGUAAAUUAUGAUAGAGCUAUUUUCACGCAUCGGGUAACUGCAUUAUUCACAGGUAAAUCUAUUUCAGUUAAAAUGUGUGCAAUAGUGUUAUUUUGUUUUUACUUUUGUGGUACACCACUAAUCAAAUCAGUCACAUUUAUUGAAAAACAUAAGCAUUAUCACAUUUCAUAAUGUACUUAAUUUUUACAAGAAGUUGUACGAAACGCCACUAAUGCAGUGAUGUAACACUUGGAAAGCUGAAGUCAUUUUCUGGUUCUUCAGCUAAAUGAGCCGUUUACUGCACACAGCCCAGUUAAAAAGAUUGAGAAUAACUAUAUAUUGCCUUUGAGUCUGUAUUGUCCACUUUUAGUCUUCCUUCUUCAGUCUAUUUUAUUGUCAAUUAUUUAGAUUUUUACAGACAAACAUGUUUAUUAUAAUAACUUCUAUGAAGUUGAUUCUAAAUUUUGUACUGCGUUUUUUUGGAGUUAUUUUUUUGAACGUCAAUCUUUCACCAGGUUUUUUGCAAGGGGUUCCUGCUAGUUACUGUAGAAAAAAAAAAUAGUAAUAAGAUCAUAUUAUUGGUCAACGGAGUUCUGAAAGACAACAGAAUUCACAAAUGGUAUUUUAUUAGUUUUGUCCACUCACCUUUGGUUGGAUAUUUUCUCCUGAGGGCAUUCGUACUAUAUGAAGUGUGAACGACGAUGCAUUUCUGCUUGAUGUUUCUAGACAUGUUGAGCAGUAAAAUAGGCAAUAUUCCUAUUCAUAAUAGGAUUUUAUAUUUUGUGUUUUAUAAAGAAAAGAAAUGGCUAUGAUAUUUGCGCAUCAACUUGAUAGAUCUCUUGUAAACUGUUUUUUUUAAUGAUAUAAGUGACUACUGUGCAUUUCUUAAUGGCUCAAUACUGGCCAAAACUUUAUGCUUAUACUGUAUGUGUUGUAAAAAGCUAACGUUUGCUUACACCAAACUUUCUAGCUAUAUACAUAUAUAUAUAUAUAUAUAUAUAUAUAUAUAUAUAUAUAUAUAUAUAUAUAUAUAUAUAUAUAUAAAAUUGCAUUCAGCUAGUUUGUUGAUGUGGAUCAUGUCAUAUAAAGAAUAUUUUUAUUUAAAAAUUGAAAGCCCUACUUGACAAAAGUUAAUAUUUAGAACAUAUUAAGCUAGUAUCAUGUAAUUUAAUGUAUAGUAAUGCCAUUCAUAUGUAAAUAUGUUAAUAUGCUAUUUGGUGACUUGAGUGUCCGCUCUUUCUGAAACCUCAAAACAUGAACAAAUACUGUACGCAUUGUAUGUGGUUGUGUAUGUAUGUGUGUGUGUGUGUGUGUGUGUGUGUGUGAAUUAAUAUAAACAAUCGGGUGAUCAUUGAAUAUGUUUGUUUUAUACGAAACAAUUUCUAUUGUAUUUUUUUUUUUGUAAAGAGUAUUUUGUUAAAUACUGUAAUUAGAGAAUGUGCAUAUUUUGUUCUACAGAAUGACAUGAAAUGGCAGAAUUCAUGUAGUCACUGUGGUGAGAUUUAUCAAGUUGAUACGAAGUCCACCUUCUAGGAUUCUCAUUUCUGUUUACUUUCUUAAUAAUGGAAGGAGAUGUAGAAACACUGUCACUAUAGCCCUCAGGGGAAAAAAAAAAACCCUCUUAUGUUCCAAAACUACUGAUGACAUCUUCAGCGCCUUCUGAGGGUGAAUAUGAUAUUACAUAAGUUAAUCUUGUGUACAGAACUUUAUUAUUUGGUAAAAAAUUAUUAUUUGUAUGUUUAUUUGGUUGUGCUGGAAGGGAUUGGGAUGCAUUUUUUAUAAAUCAAUUAUUUUGGGAGAGAGAGAGAGAGACCAUCUGUGUUUUUACACCUGUCAGCCCUACUCUUAAUCGUUAGUCAUCCUUGAAAUAAGGUUUCCAGGUACAGAAAUCUCUUCUUCAGUGCAGUACUGCUUUACAAGUCAGUUGCACAUAUCCCAUGAACCCAUCCAGCAUCAGCCUCGAUUAAUCCAAGGCAUGGACAUGCAUGCGAUUCUUAGCUGGGCAGACAAGUACAUUAUACUGUAGUUGUGAUACAACACGUGGGUUUUAUUUGUACUGCACAUGCCCACUGUAUGGACACCUGAAAUAUCGCGUGGUAAGCUUGCAGCAUUUGCUGUCUGCGUUUCUACUGUUUUAUUGCAUAUAUUUGUUUCCCUGGAAAUACUGUAAAAGAAAGUCUUCUUUUUGUAUUGUUUGAAUUUUAAAAAUUUGCUUUAGCUGGAAAAAGGUUUUGGGAAAAGAGGCCUGUGUCAAUUAUACAACCGAUUGUGGAGCUCAAGUGUUAAUAAUUUUUACGUCUGUAUUAGACAUUUUUCUUUGCAAAUCUAUUGUUGAUUGAAUUGUAAAUGAAAUAAAAGAUCUGUCACGUACAAAGCUGGCACCAUCGAUUUAAGAUGGAUUUCAUGCUUAUUUUUAUGACAUACUCUGCUGUAUUUUAAAUAUACACAUUAAUAUAAACAUUUUCUUUUAACAAAUAAGCGGGAAUAUCUGUGGGAAUAAUUUCUAUUCCUGCUUGUUUAUUUGAACAGCCAAGUUGCAAUGGUUUCCCUUUUGUUUUAGGAUUUGGAAAACUAGGCUGUAUUGGUUUGUUUUCUGAAGAUGUGGAAUAGCAAAGAGUGAAUUAUUUAUUAAAUGUUUGCUGUAGCAAGAUUUCAUUAUUUAAAAGAUGAUUGAUGGGAGAGUUUGCAGUACCUGAAAUGUAUUUGCAUGCAUACAAAAUAAAAUGUGUCCACUGAA